CUGUUUCAACACACAUUCUAGAACAAGUUGAUGUGCCUACUAGACUGUCAGUGGGAGUCUAAACGGAUCGUCAUUAAAAACGAUUCGCUGCGCGCACCUCUCAGCGUUGUGUUCUCCAUAGAAUCACGUCGGGCACAGUGGGUGCCUGGUUUAGACAACAAGUAAUCGGGGUUUGAGAUCAUUGAAGCAUGUGUGCAUAAGAUAAAAAUACUGUGAGCUGAACUAGCCAAUUAUACUAAAAAUAAACAAUCAACUGUAGUACAGCCGUAAACUCAUUUGAAAACAGUUAAAACCGUAUUGAUUAAAAGCUGUGUUGUUAUCUAAUUUAAACUCAAUUAGAGUUAAUCCUUAUCUUGCAUUUUGCAAAUAGAUAUAUAAUCUAACAAUGGGUUUGGAAGAUGGACUCUUGGAUGAAGGAGGAUUUGAAUUCAGUGAUCAAAAUAUCCGUAAAUCAUUUAUUCGCAAGGUCUAUAGCAUUCUGUGUGCUCAGUUGGUUGUUACAAUUGGGAUUAUGAGCAUCUUCACUUUCAGUUCUGGUGUAAAAGAAUAUGCAUUGACAAAUGUAUGGCCAUUCUGGUUAUGUUUUGCUGUAACCUUGGUAGUAAUCAUAGUGUUAUCUUGUUGCCCUGAUGUCAGGAGAGCCUCUCCAAUUAACAUAAUUUUAUUGGGGAUAUUUACUGUUUGUGAAGGUGUUCUAUUGGGCAUGGCUUGUGCGACCUAUAAAACUGACACUGUACUCAUUGCCGUUGGCAUAACAGCCAUUAUCGUCUUGGCCCUCACAGCGUUUGCUUUCCAGACUAAGAUCGACUUUACUAUGCUUACUGGAGUCUUGUUUGUGGCGCUUAUUUGCCUGAUUUUGUUUGGGUUCUUUGCCAUCAUCUUCCAAAAUAGGGUAUUGGAUAUCGUUUAUGCAAGUCUUGGAGCUUUGAUAUUUGGUAUUUACAUUGUUGUGGAUACUCAGCUAAUGAUGGGAGGAAACCACAAAUACUCGCUGUCUCCUGAAGAGUACAUAUUUGCUGCCCUCAACCUGUAUCUUGACAUAAUCAACCUGUUCCUGUACAUUCUCAUGCUGGUGGACAGCGCACGCAGUUAAAGGUCACAAAAGGUCAAAAUAGAUGACAUUGAUUGAUUAUGAUUGGAGUACAAAUUUGAGUACUAUGCAGAGGUAAUCUAAUCAUUCUGCCAUCACUGAUAUACAUAAGCAAUUUGUAUUGUGAACUGUAAACUUAAACAGAGUUGUGUUAAAUGCUGUUCUGUAAUUAAAUCUUUACGUGAUUAUGAAUGAGUACCUGAUAGAUACUAAAUCAUCAAGCAAAUACUAAAAGGCCUGUGUUUGUAUCUGUAAUAAAAAUAAGAGUAGUAAUUAUUCUCUUCCUAAAGAAGUCCAUAGAUAUCAGCAUUUCUUGAGGGCAGCUAAGCUACUAAUAUACGCAGUGAUUCAAUUUGGGCUCCUACCGAAAACUUCUAACAUACCACCUUUUGUCUUUGAUGACGCCCUACAAAUAAACAUGCCGUGUACAAAAAGUAUAGAAGAAAAUUGAAAUUGAAGUAUCUCGGAGACUCUCAUUAAGACCAGAGGUCGCAAGCAUGAGAGCCACCCAGUAAAUUAAAUAGUUAAUGAAAAUUUGAAAAGACAGAAAAAUUAUUCACAUUUCCUUUUUCAUUUUUAUUUUCAAAAAAGAAAUAUUAAGCUUUUCCAUCAAGAAAAAAAUUUAUAAAAAGCGUAAUUUAAUUUUCCCUUAAUUUAAUGAACAACUUAAUCAAAAUAGAAUUUUUCUUUAAUUAAUUGUGAUUAAUCUCAAUUAUGCUUCUACUAGUUAGAUACACCACACUGUUAACAUGCCAGUUUUUUAACAUUAUCACUUAUCCAUCAUCAAAAAACAGUAGGUAGCUAUUUUACUUAGUAUCUUAAAGGCUAAAAUAAAAUGUAUAUUUUUUCCAUUAUAUUUAUUUUAUUUAUUAAUAACUUUGAUUAUUAAACAUUGAAAAACACUUCCCCUUUUAACAGCCUACACUAGAGUUUGAAAUAAAGAAUAGAAUUUUAUCAGUAUUAAUGGUUAACAACUGUAAAUGGCUAAUUAUGUUUUACUUAUGAAAAAAAGUAAAAGAAGGCAUUUUUUAAAAUUUGAAUUAACUAUAAGACUUAAUAACAUAUUUUAUCCUUUUUAUAAUAGAAAUGUUUUAAUAACACAUUUUAGGAUUUUCAAGAUUUUACCAGACAGAUGAGGUUAAUAUUAAGUUAAAUGCCUUCAAAUUUGUAGAAGUGGUUCGUGCAUCCAUCGCUUGUGUCCUUGGGCAAGGCACUUUUUUAUGUUUUUCUCUCUCAACCCAGGAGUAUAAAUGGGCACCUGGUAGGAUGUUGUAACAUUGAUUGUACUAGUUUUGGGCGCUGAGAUAUGUGAACGACUAGGGAUACUCCCCAGGGAGCAGAGAAGGUUGCACUUUGUGCUGGUUUGCCAUUGUAUGUUAUUCAGUGACCGGGGGUAAUAAUGUCCAGUGUUUUUGAUCAUUCCUAUUGGAUGAUCAAUAUAAAAUAUAUUGGCAUUAAUUAAAUAACACUGUACCUUUAAAUUGAGUGACUAGGAAUCAGAGUCACAUGGUUAUUGUGUCAUCAACAUGUUUCAUUAUAGUGCAAUUAUUGCCGAAGUAUUAUAUAGAUAAAACUGAAAAUAGAAUUGAGGAAUCUCUUUGAUGCUUGAUGUUGUCGGUGUGUUUUGUUCCUAAACAGUGCUACCUGGGACGGUUAUCAAAAUAGUCUAAGUUCCUAGUGUGCCAUAUGAAUAUAGUAAAAGCACUGUAAAAGUUAUAAUAUUUUAUUUCUUCUAUUAUAAGCUAGGUUAAUAUAUGUUGAUAUGUUAUGUAAUCCAUAAAUAUUGUUGGCUGUAUGAACUUAAACUUUGAAAGUUUAUACUAAAAAAAAGUCUGGAAUAAAAGUAUUCAUGCAAGAAAAAAAAAACAAA